AGAAGCACACCUCCGGCUUGGAAGGACACAAACCGGCUGAGGAGACACUAAAGCGCCAAGGACAGGCCGAACACACUGGCCUCUGCGUCCUCUACAUUGGACACAAAUUCCCGGUGAAUGUGACAGAAGAUCCUUGUAGCGACGGUGGUUAACGGCAUACAGGCGCCUCUGUCCGGCUGAGCAUCUGCUUAUACCAGUAAGCUUGGAUAAAAGAUAUGGAGGUCGAGUUUCAAACUGACUCUGAAGUAGAUUUCAGCAUGUCAAACUCUCAGACUGACAAUGGCUCUACAAACUCGGCAGAAACCAAGAAAAUGGACCAGAGGACAAGUGAGAAGAAGUGCUCGUGGGCCUCCCACAUGACUAAUUCUCCAACCAUGAUUGUAAUGAUCGGCCUGCCUGCAAGAGGGAAGACCUACAUGUCAAAGAAACUUACACGGUACCUCAACUGGAUCGGAGUCCCGACGAAAGUGUUUAACUUGGGCGUGUACCGCAGGGAGGCCGUCAGAGCUUAUAAAUCCUACGAUUUCUUCCGUCACGACAACGAAGAAGCCAUGAAAAUCAGGAAACAGUGUGCUCUGGUAGCACUUCAGGACGUGAAAGCUUACCUGACGGAGGAGGGAGGUCAGAUCGCGGUUUUUGAUGCAACAAACACAACAAGAGAAAGACGAGACCUCAUUCAAGCCUUUGUGAAGGAAAAUGCAUUCAAGGUUUUCUUUGUGGAGUCAGUGUGUGACGACCCAGACGUCAUUGCUGCUAAUAUUCUGGAAGUGAAGGUUUCCAGCCCUGACUACCCUGAGACACACAGAGAGAGAGUAAUGGAUGACUUUCUGAAACGAAUCGAGUGCUACAAGGUCACAUAUCAACCAUUAGAUUCCGAUGACUAUGACAAGGAUAUGUCUUUUAUCAAAGUGAUAAAUGUGGGUCGACGUUUUCUGGUGAAUCGGGUGCAGGACUACAUACAGAGUAAGAUUGUCUACUACCUCAUGAACAUCCAUGUGCACUCUCACUCCAUCUACGUGUGUCGGCAUGGAGAGAGCAACCACAACAUCGCAGGCCAAAUCGGGGGAGAUUCCGAACUCUCUCCCCGAGGGAAACAGUUUGCCCAUGCACUGCGAGAUUUCAUUGAAGAGCAGAAACUGUCAGAUUUGAAAGUGUGGACAAGCCAACUGAGGAGUUCCAUCCAGACGGCAGAGGAGCUUGGGGUUCCUUAUGAACAGUGGAAGAUACUCGAUGAGAUUGAUGCGGGAGUGUGUGAGGAGAUGACCUAUGAGCUAAUCCAGAAAACUUUCCCUGAAGAGUUUGCUUUGAGGGACCAGGACAAGUACCAUUAUCGCUACCCAGGAGGAGAGUCCUACCAGGAUCUUGUUCAGCGUCUGGAGCCUGUUAUCAUGGAGCUAGAGAGACAGGGCAAUGUGUUGGUUAUCUGCCACCAGGCUGUGAUGCGCUGUUUGCUGGCUUACUUUCUGGACAAAAGUGCAGAAGAUCUGCCAUACAUGAGAUGUCCGCUGCACACAGUGCUCAAGCUUACCCCUGUUGCCUAUGGUUGUAAGGUGGAAAAGUUUUAUCUUAAUGUGGAGGCUGUAAACACGCACCGCGACCGGCACAUUGCUAAAAUUCCAUGGGACUCUGCUCCCAUGCUUCGGAGGAAUAGUUACACUCCCCUGGCCAGUCAUGACCAGCUCAGGCGUCCCAGGCUCUACAGUGCGGGUAACCCCCCUUGGCUACCGCUUGCCCACACCACAGCAGGUCUGAUGCCAGAGGAACGGCUAAGCCAACCGCGGAUAGGAAGCAGAUGUCUGAGUCCCUGUGCGAAGGAAUCGACUUUGACAGCCCAGAGGAAACUAGUGGCUAUGUCUGCUUCUGAGUGAAGAUGAGAACCUCUUUCGUCUUUGUGCAAUCGAUGUUGGUAGACAUUCUGGGUACAAUCAUCAAUCAAACAAUAGAAAUGAGGCAACACGGAAACAAAAUCCCCUUUGUACCCGUUUAUCUCAAGCUCCUGUUUGUAUUGCAUGUUGAAGCUUUGAAGUGGAGUUUUUAUCUUUAGUGUCAUAAACUCUUCCGCAUGUGAGCGACAAGAAAUCAAUCAACUGACAAAACUAAUCCUCAUUGUGUUGUAAACAAUAUAAAGGCUCGCUUACUAUUAAAUAUAUAGGAUAGUUACUCUAUAUGCCUCUGAAUAUGCCAGGGAUAAGUUAUACAUCAUUAUUAUCAUUAAUAGAAGUAGUAUUAAAAUAGUAUUAAAAGUAUUAAAAUAAGUUUUUACUCUUGCAGACAGACCAUGUUAUAAAGUUGAUGCUGAAAAAUAUUAAAUAAGUUUUUAUAAUGUAAAAUGACCAGCCAUCUGUCAUCAUAUAUUUUUAGAUUUAAGACACAACAGAUAUGAAAGAGAUAUGGCUUUGAAUCUCGUCCUUCUGUUAUGGGAGCCUUUUUGUAUGAUGUAAAAAAAAGUUAAAAAGCACACCACAUUGCUGGACACAUUGUCCACAGCAGUAGGUGACAGAUGCAACAGAUGCUUUCCUGUCACACGCACAAGUUGUUCAAAAAGCUAAUUUAAUUGCUAACUUUAAGUAUUGAGCUGGUGUUAGCAAGGGUUAAUCGUAUUCAUGCCAAAGGGGGAUUUUGUGUAACCAGAAUAUAACAUGCAUGUUGGAUAUUUCUCGAUACUUUUGUUGAAACUGGUUCAUGCAAAUGUAUCUUUUGUCAAUCAAUUCUCAAAAUCAGCCUUUGUAUUUUAUGAUGGACAAGUUGAUUUUAAAGACUAUGUGAAGUUAUUGCCUUGAUUGCAAAGCAGCUUACUUUGUGCCUUUUUAGCAGACAAUAAAAGUGUACUUUAAA